ACUUUCUCCGCUUGUCCAUGGCUUCCACUUUUGGUGCACCUUGCUUCUAGGGUUCUUAGCAGGACGAUUUUGAGCUUGAGCUUUACAGUGAAUCUCAAUCUCUCACCGUAUAUGGUUUCCGGCUUCGUUUGAUUAAUCUCAACAAUCGUAUCUCACCUCAUCACAAACAUCUUGCAUUUUCGUUCUAACUCUUUUUUGAGUUGCUGUUCAGAAUUUAUCUGAUUAGUGAUCAAGGUUAUACAAUUCAAAUGGCAUUGGGAGAUUUGACGAUUUCUCAGUUAUCAGCUGUUGUGGAGGAGUCUGAAGAUUAUGAAGACGGCGACCGAAACAAUGAUGGUAGCUUUGAUGUUGUUGCUGCUGAAAAUGAGAUGAAGACGACGACAGAGACAAGUAUGAAUGAUGUACGGCCAUUUGUGUGGUUUCGUGAGCUUCGUCCUGAUGAGUUUGAGGCGUAUGUCCCUCCUUCACCGGCUAAUACUGAUUUGGUCUCUAAGUGGCGGAAUAAGAACCGGAUGAAGACGGGAUGUGUUGCCCUUGUUCUGUGUUUGAACAUCGGCGUUCCUCCACCAGAUGUAAUAAGGGUAUCUCCUUGUGCUCGGAUGCAGUGUUGGAUUGAUCCAUAUUCUAUGCCACCUCAAAGAGCCCUUGAAACAAUUGGGAGAACAUUGUUUGAACAGUAUGAGAAGUGGCAACCCAAGGCACGCUACAGGAUCUCCUUGGAUCCUAUUGUUGAUGAAGUUAAGAAACUUUGCACAACAUGUCGAAAUUACGCCAAGUCAGAGCGAGUUCUUUUCCAUUACAAUGGAUACGGUGUACAAAAACCAUCAGUCAAUAAUGAAAUUUGGCUAUUCAAUAAGAGUAAUAUGCAGUAUAUCCCGUUGCCGAUCAGUGACCUGGACUCUUGGUUGAAGACACCUUCAAUCUAUGUGUUUGACUGCUCAGCUGCUGGGGUGAUCGUUAAUGCCUUUAUAGAGCUCCAAAACUUGGCUGCCUCUAAUUCCUCUGGACCUUCUACAAGAGAUUGUAUUCUGCUCGGUGCCUGUGAAGCACAUGAGACUCUUCCUCAGAGUGCUGAGUAUCCUGCUGACAUUUUCACUUCCUGCCUCACAACGCCAAUCAAAAUGGCAUUGAGAUGGCUUUGCACGCGAUCAUUAUUUUGUGAGUCAUUUGAUUAUGCUCUGAUAGAUAGAAUUCCUGGCCGCCAAACAGAUCGAAAGACACCUCUUGGUGAAUUGAAUUGGAUUUUCACUGCAGUAACUGAUUCAAUUGCCUGGAAUGUUCUACCACGCGAUCUAUUUCAGAGAUUGUUCAGGCAAGACCUAUUAGUUGCUAGUUUGUUCAGAAAUUUUUUACUUGCUGAAAGAAUCAUGCGCUCUGCAAAUUGUUCUCCAAUUUCAUACCCAAUGCUACCACCUACUCAUCAGCAUCACAUGUGGGAUGCGUGGGACAUGGAAGCAGAAAUCUGCCUUUUGCAGCUUCCAACUUUGCUUGCUGAUCCAAGUGUUGAAUUUCAGCCUAGCUCAUUCUUCACCGACCAAUUGACAGCUUUUGAGCUUUGGCUUGACUUUGGAUCAGAGAAUAAAAAACCACCAGUGCAGUUGCCGGUUGUGCUACAGGUGUUACUUAGUCAUUCCCACCGGUUUCGAGCACUGGUGCUUCUCGGAAGAUUUCUUGAUAUGGGACCUUGGGCUGUAGAUCUGGCCUUGUCUGUUGGAAUAUUUCCCUAUGUUCUAAAGCUUUUGCAAACCACAACUCCUAAGCUUAGGCAAAUUCUUGUCUUCAUUUGGACGAAGAUCCUUGCCCUUGAUAAGUCUUGCCAGGUUGACCUUGUUAAGGAUGGUGGACAUGCAUAUUUCAUUAGAUUUCUUGACAGCGUUGAGGCUUAUCCAGAGCAAAGGGCAAUGGCUGCAUUUGUCUUGGCAGUAACUGCUGAUGGUCACAGACGGGGUCAGGAGGCGUGUAUUGAAGUGGGGCUUAUUAAUGUCUGCUUGAAGCAUCUUCAGGGAUCAACCUAUAAUGAUGUCCAAACUGAACCAUUGUAUCUUCAAUGGCUGUGCCUUUGUCUGGGAAAGCUCUGGGAGGAUUUCACAGAGGCACAAGUACUAGGCUUGCAGGCAGAUGCACCAGCAAUAUUUGCGCCUCUACUUACUCAAUCGCAGCCUGAGGUGCGAGCUGCAUCUAUAUUUGCACUAGGUACUUUACUUGAUGUUGGGUUUGAUACAUCUAAGGAUGACAUUGGAGAGGAUGAAGACUACGGCAAUGAGGAAAAAACUGGUGCAGAAGUCAUAAUGAAGAGCCUUUUAAGUGUUGUUUCGGAUCCGAGCCCUUUGGUACGAGCUGAGGUUGCUGUUGCCUUGGCUCGUUUUGCCUUUGGGCAUAAGGUGCACCUGAAGUCGCUUGCAGCUGCAUAUUUGAAGAAUCAAUCUAAUUCCAUGCCGACUUCCUUGCCUUCUUCUACGGUCCAGAGUUCAGGUAGUGGCUAUACGAUGCCAACUUGUUAUGUUCCACAUGGAAGUGUAGUUCCAUCUCCUAAUGCUCCUUUAUUGAGAGUGGUAGGUGACAGUCCGUCUAUCUCUCACGAUGGUAGGGUCUCGACUAGCAGCCCUGUUGCAACACCGGGCUUCAUGCAUGGAUCUCCUUUGCCUGAUGGUUCUUCUCAUCAUUCUGAUUCUGGAAGACUGGGUGAUGCUGUUAGCGAUGGUGUUGUUAAUCAUAUAAGACCCAGACCACUUGAAAAUUCACUCUAUACUAAGUCUGUGCAGGCCAUGUUUGCCCUGGCAAAGGAUCCAUCACCUCGCGUUGCAGGUCUUGGAUGUAGACUGCUUUCAAUUAUUGGGAUUGACCAAGUGUUCACCAAGUCAGUCGAGUCUACUGUUGAAUCCACAACAUCUCCUGGCCCUAGUUCUGAUGGAUUGAAUCGAUCAUCUUCUUGGUUUGACAUGAGUGGAGGUAGGCGUUUACCUGUGCCUUUUAGGACUCCUCCUGUCAGUCCCCCCCAGUCCAGUUUCUUAAGGGGAUUGCGAAGAGUUUAUUCUUUAGACUUCAGGCAUCGCCCAAUGAACUCUCAAGACUCAGGGUCAGCUGAUCCCCUCUUGGGUUCUGGUGGAUCUUCUAGAGCUUCAGAAUGCAGUUCUAUUCCUCAAUCAACCAUUUAUAAUUGGAGCUGUGGCCACUUCUCAAAGCCACUUCUUUCUGCAGAUGAUGAUAAUGAAGAGAACAUUUCUAGGAGAGAAGAGAAGGAGAAGUUAGCUCUUGACCUCAUCACCAAAUCCCAGCACUGUUCGGUGAACAGACUGCACAAUCAAAUUGCCACUUGGGACACAAAGUCUGAGAGUGGUACGAGAACUGCUUUGCUGCAUCCCUUCUCACCAGUUGUGAUUGCUGCAGAUGAGAGUGAACGGAUCAGUCUUCUCACCCCUUAUGUUGCAUCACCUCAGAACAACUUCUUGACUCUGUGGCCAUUAGGAACUAAUGAUACAGCAAUACCUAGUAUGUUCCCACGAGUGAGGUCCAGAGAGGGUGGGGGUCAAUCACAACUGGUGAGAAGGGAUGCAGCGAAGCAGUUCUCGUACCACUCUCAAACUUUGUGUCCCAAGUGGCAAUUUGAUUAUGCAGUCUGUUCACCUCUGAGACAAAGAAUUAAUAUGUGUUUGUUUAGGCUUGUUUGUUCAACCCGACCUCAUCCCAAAGUGGAAAGAGUUGUUGGGGUUGGCUUUCAACCUGGACUUCUACCAGCAAAGGUUGUCAGUGCAUCUCAGGCUGGUGAUAUUCUGUUCCUCGAUAUGAGAAAUCUCAAGGCGGCUUACCUGACCAUUGAUGCUCACAGUGGAUCACUUAUAUCUCUGGCGGUACAUCGUCAUGCACCCCUUAUAGCAAGUGGUUCAUUAAAGCAACUUAUCAAAGUGUUCAACCUGGAGGGUAAGCAGUUAGGCAUUAUUAGGUAUUUGUCCACCUUCAUGGCUCAGACGAUUGGAUCUGUAAGAUGCCUUACCUUCCAUCCCUAUCAAGUGCUGCUUGCUGCUGGUGCAGCAGAUGCCUGUGUUUCUAUCUACGCUGAUGAGAUUUCCCCACCAACAUAACAACUUCAUCGCUUUGUCACAAAUUCUCAGAUUGAGAAACAAGAUUUUUAGGACUUGGGUGUGUUCCUUUGAGAUGGUCAGUGGCGGAUGGAUUGUUGACAUCUCUUCUGGUCCCAGUCUACAUCUCUUAAUACAGUGAUCAGCUCACUGAGGUUGAUGUUGACAUCUUUGAUUAGUUGCUGUCAACCUCUCCUGAAGAGCUGAUCCGGCUCACGGAGGUUGCAUGCUGCUUAUUAUUGAGCUGCAUCAGCACAGAGUGGCGGAAAGUCAAGAAAAAUCAACAUAUUGAACGGAAG